CUUCGAAGUCACACACAAAAAUAAUAUUAAAUUUUUCCCUGAUCGUCGUCCAUCAUUUUUCAUAAGCUUGCUUCCUUAUCAUCGGAUUCCAUCUGAAAGCAAGCCUAGUGUUGGUAGUGUUAACCGUGUGGCAGUAAUUGAGUGGAGUACCGAACAGCGAUGGCGGAUGGAAACAGCUCCGACGAAGAUUUCCCCGACGAUUGGACGCUGUACGCGAACCGUCCGGAAUGGAGCGAUAUCGAGCCGCUGAAGCAAGAUGACGGCGAAAAUCCCGUCGUCAUGAUUCAGUACAGUGAGAAGUUCAACGAUGUGUUCAGUUACUUCAGGGCGGUAAUUUCCAAGCAGGAAAAGUCCGUUCGGGCCCUUGGCCUGACGCAAGAUGCGGCACGGUUGAAUGCAGCCAAUUACACCGUGUGGCAGUACAGGAGGGACAUCCUGAAGGCGUUGAAUUUCAACCUGUACGACGAGCUGGACUACAUCGAGGGGGUGAUCGAGGACAAUCCGAAAAACUACCAGGUUUGGCACCACCGGCGCGUAAUUGUGGAGUGGCUGAACGAUCCCUCCAAGGAGCUGGAGCUGACGGAGAGCAUUUUGAACAUGGAUGCGAAGAACUACCACGCCUGGCAGCACCGUCAGUGGGCCAUCAAGACUUAUGACCUCUUCGAGGAUGAGUUGCAGUACGUGGACCGGCUCAUCUCGGAAGAUAUGCGCAACAAUUCGGCCUGGAACGAGCGCUUCUUCGUGCUCAAGCACACCGGCUUCAGUGCGGAUGUACUGGAACGCGAAAUAAACUACGUCAUGAAUCGCAUCCGACUGAUCAAGAACAAUGAAAGCCCGUGGAACUUCCUGCGAGGACUUCUCCAACAGGGCGACGGCAAGCUCGGGCAAUUCCCAGAGGUGGUGGACUUCUGCGAGGAUUUGUAUGACUCCGGAAUUCGGUCGCCUUACUUGUUGGCAUUUUUGGUGGAUCUGUACGAGGAGAAGUUCUUCGAGGUCAAACAGGCUGGAAAUGAUCCGGAAGAGUACAGGGUCAAGGUGCAGGAUCUGUGCGAAACGAUGGCCACCCAACACGAUAAGAUCCGGUGCAAGUACUGGCGGUACAUUGCGGAGAACUUCAGGAGGAAGAUCGACGCCGAAGAAAACCAGAACGGUCUGUAAGGUGAAUGUCUUUUUCUAACUAUCUGUAACUACUUAAGGAUAUCCGCAUAUUCAAUCAAAAUUCAUGCUAAAGAUUUAGUAAAGUAAGAA